CUUUGGAUACGCAUCUUCGAUUUAAGUCCAAAUGUUCAGCAAAAAAUCUCACAUAUAUUCCUCAGUGCUAUCCUCUGUGGUCUGAAGUUGGAUCUAAAAGGUUGUACAAUCUAAGCUCGAGUAAGUUCCGCAGAAGAGGAAAAGGACUGGUCUGUUAUUAUUUUGCCCGAGUUGUGCAACACUGUUACGAAACGCAAGGGUCAGGCGGCCAUCUUUGUGACCCGACGUGACUCACUGACUUUAGUUACCUAUUCGUGACUUUGCGUAACGUGAAAUUCGGAUGAUCAUGCUAGCGUGAGGCAGAGGAAGAUGGCACAUAGGUACCUCGCAGCCGCUAGAUCGUGUGAAAGGGCCAUCAGAGGGCUUGUUCAUCUCCAAAACCCGUGUAGAACCCAGAUCCCAGCCCAUGCCCAUUCUCUCAGCACCACAGUUGAACAGUCCCAACAUAUAAACAGACUUCUGCAGCAGUGGAGCAGAUUAUUAUGUCAACCACCAAAAGGAUUUGAGAAGUUCUUCCCAGGGGGGAAGAAGAAGGAAGCCCCAGAGACCAAGAACAGCCCCCCACCGCCCCCACCACCCUCCAGCCGUAACACAGGGGGACCACAGAAGCAGAGUGAAGGCCAGGAUGACUGGUUCUCACAGUUCUCCAAGGCUACCGGGGGCGGGGGAGGGGGGAAAGGAACAGGGGGAAAGCAACAAGGAAAGUGGCCGUGGGACGAACAGCAGACCUUACUGUUGUUAGGAGCCUUCGGCGGGGCAGCUGGCUUGUACUAUAUGAUAUAUGGUGCUGCUGGACCAGAGAUCAACUGGAAAGACUUUGUCAACAACUACCUGGCACCAGGAAUUGUUGACAGAGUGGAGGUAGUUAACAAAAGAUGGGUGAGAGUGAGGCUAAAGCCAGGACACCAGACACAAGGGAAGUAUGUGUGGUUCAACAUUGGGUCUGUGGACACAUUUGAGAGGAACCUGGAGAACGCCCAGUUGGAGAUGGGCAUCGAACCAUCCAAUCACCUGUCUGUAGUCUACACAUCAGAGAGUGAUGGGUCUUUCAUCCUGGGCAUGAUCCCCACCCUCCUGAUUAUCGGGUUCCUGUUGUACAUGUUGAGACGAGGACCAAUGGGAUCGGGCGGCGGCGGAGUCAGCAGGGGGGGACGGGGAGGGGGCAUCUUCGGUUUCGGGGAGAGCACGGCCAAACUGGUGGCACAGCAAGACAUCAACGUCAACUUUGCGGAUGUUGCUGGCUGUGAGGAAGCCAAGCUGGAAAUUAUGGAGUUUGUCAACUUCCUGAAGAACCCUCAGCAGUAUAUUGACCUGGGUGCAAAGAUUCCAAAGGGAGCUAUUCUGUCAGGACCACCAGGAACAGGCAAGACUCUCCUAGCCAAGGCCACGGCAGGAGAGGCAAACGUCCCCUUCAUCACUGUCAACGGUUCAGAGUUCCUGGAAAUGUUUGUUGGAGUUGGACCUGCCAGGGUGCGAGACAUGUUCUCCAUGGCCAGGAAGCAUGCCCCCUGUAUCCUGUUCAUCGAUGAGAUUGAUGCUGUGGGGAGGAAGAGAGGCAGAAGUAACUUUGGUGGGCAGAGUGAGCAGGAGAACACUCUCAACCAGCUGCUGGUGGAAAUGGAUGGUUUUACAACCCAGAUGAACGUGGUGGUCCUGGCUGGUACAAACAGACAAGACGUACUGGACCCCGCCCUCAUGAGACCUGGGCGCUUUGACAGACAGAUCUACAUUGGACCUCCGGACAUCAAGGGAAGAGCUUCCAUUUUCAAAGUCCACCUAAAACCACUGAAGACAGAUGUAGACAAAGAUGCCUUGUCCAAGAAGUUAUCAGCCCUCACUCCUGGUUUUACAGGUGCUGACGUAGCUAAUGUGUGUAAUGAGGCAGCCCUUAUUGCAGCUCGCUAUGGUAAACCAUCCAUUGAGAUGACACAUUUUGAACAGGCAAUAGAGAGGGUUGUUGCAGGUUUGGAGAAGAAGACCCAGGUGUUAGCCCCUGAGGAGAAGAAGACUGUAGCGUACCAUGAGGCAGGCCAUGCUGUAGCCGGCUGGUACCUAGAACAUGCAGACCCACUGCUCAAGGUGUCCAUCAUUCCCAGAGGGAAAGGUCUAGGCUAUGCACAAUAUCUUCCCAAGGAACAGUACCUCUACACUAAGGAACAGCUGCUUGACAGGAUGUGUAUGGCGCUGGGUGGGCGAGUAGCUGAGCAGAUCUUCUUCAACAGAAUCACCACAGGAGCACAGGACGACCUCAGGAAAGUCACACAGAGUGCCUAUGCACAGAUUGUACAGUUUGGCAUGAAUGAGAAAGUGGGGAACCUGUCGUUCGACCUGCCCCGUCAAGGCGAGAUGGUGAUGGACAAGCCGUACAGCGAGGAGACUGCCCGCCUGAUUGACCAGGAGGUGCGCGGACUGGUGGACAUGGCGUACCAGAGAACGGUCAACCUUCUGGUGGAGAAGAAGCCAGAUGUGGAAAAGGUUGCCAUGAGGCUUUUGGAAAAGGAGGUGCUAGACAAAGCAGGCAUGGUGGAACUUCUUGGGAAACGACCAUACGCAGAGAAGUCCACAUAUGAAGAGUUCGUGGAGGGCACAGGAAGUGUGGAGGAGGACACCUCCCUUCCAGAGGGCCUGAAAGACUGGAACAAGGAGAAGGAGGGAGGGAAAGAAAGAGAACCCGCUGUAGCAACGUUUAGGGAGGGGGAGUUAUGAUCAGUGAGGUCUAAUUGUUGUGAAAACUGUAAUGCUAGUUUUCCUUUAUCCGUGGGGUAACCUAUAUCCGUUGAUUUUCAAAACUGCGCAUUUCGAGAUAUCAAGUCGACGAAGGGGGUUUCGAAUAUUGUAAUAUUGUCAAAAUAUUGAACUCACAUUUCAUCUGAAUGAUAGUCCUACAUACCCUGCUUUUGAAAACAACGGAUAUAGGUUACCCCAUGGUUAAAGUGAACUAGCAUAACACACUGAAAACCCAUACUGUGAUAGUUGUUUUACAUCGUCUCUGAUUCCUUACUGGGGACAAAACAAAUCAAAUGGUUUUCUCGUCAGCUCGGUAAUUUUUGCCGCAAAGGUGUGCAAAAAAUGAGGCACUUGAUGUUGUGUGCAGAAUAGAAUGUACACAUUGUACAAAGUCUUAUGCCACAUAAUAUAGAAACUCUGUAAGAAAAGAAUUAAAUCC